AUCUUCUAUCUGGUUCAUGUUCCUGAGAUCCAUUCUCCUGUUGAUUUUGUGUUUCUUAUCCUGGUUCAUUUUUACUAUGCCUUGCAUGAUAAAUUUUAUUCUAUUUCCUUCUGCAUCAGUAGAGUCUUACAUAGCAUUUCAUGACUUUUCUUAAAGAAAAGGGGACCUACAUAGAAUUUUCAGUCUUUCAUACAAUGGAUACUCUCUCAAACAGAAAGAACAUUAUUAAGAUUCUAUGCCAAGUAUUGACAGUCAUGCUUUUGUUCAAAUUCUGCUUGGCAAGCAAGAUUCCUGCUGCUUUUGUUUUCGGAGACUCUUUAGUUGAUGCAGGUAAUAACAACUACAUCACGUCACUCUCCAAGGCUAAUUACAUCCCAAAUGGGAUUGAUCUCGGAGGACCAACAGGAAGAUUCACUAACGGAAGAACAAUAGUAGACAUCAUAGGUCAGGAAUUGGGUUUUAAAAGUUUUCCUCCUCCUUACUUGGCCCCUACCACAAAAGGACCUGUGGUUCUUCAGGGCGUCAACUAUGCUUCUGGUGGAGGUGGAAUUCUUAACAAAACUGGGGAGGUCUUUGUUGGUCGAAUCAACCUGGAUGCACAGAUAGAUAACUUUGCAAACACCAGAGAAGACAUAAUCUACAACAUAGGUGCUCCUGCAGCCAUAGAGUUGCUUGAAAGUUCUUUGUUCUCGGUUACAGUUGGCUCAAAUGAUUUUAUUAACAACUACUUGACACCAGUCCUCUCAGCAGCUGAACGGAAUCUGGUUUCUCCAGAACAGUUUGUUGUCACCAUGGUUACAAGAUUAAGACAACAGCUCACUAGACUUUACAGUUUGGGAGCUAGGAAGAUGGUUGUAACAAAUGUCGGUCCAAUUGGGUGCAUACCAUAUGAGAGAGAUCUAAACCCAGAUGCAGGGGAAAACUGUGUUAGUUCUGCAAAUCAGCUGGCUCAAUUAUUCAACUCCAAGUUGAAAAUCCUGGUUAAUGAGCUUAGGACAAGUCUAGAGGGAUCCGUUUUGGUCUAUGCAGAUGUUUACCACAUAGUAGAUGACAUCUUACAGAGUUACAUAUUAUACGGUUUUGAGAACGCAAAUUCUGCAUGUUGCUAUAUGGGAGGGAGAUAUGGUGGCCUGGUUCCAUGUGGUCCAUCAUCAAAGGUCUGUCCUGACAGAUCCAAGUUUGUGUUCUGGGAUCCAUACCAUCCUUCUGAUGCUGCUAAUGUCAUCAUAGCAAAACGUCUGAUGGAUGGAGACUCCAGUGAUAUUUCUCCAAUGAAUAUCCAGCAGCUAGCUCAACUUUAAUCGAUCCAUCAAAAUGAGAUGGAAGUGCAAUGUUGCUAUUAAGGGAUGAUAUAUAGACCAUAUAUCAAACAGAAAAUUGAAAAAUAUGAGAAGUAUUACUUAUAAGACUUGCCAAAGAAACAAAAUGGACUAUAUUCCAACUAAAUUCUUGAUUGAAUU